AGAAAAUAAUUCAAAUAGACGUGGCAUGAUUUUGGUGGCUGACAAAAAGAUGAAGUUCAGCUAUUGACCCUGACGAACUAGAGUGUGUGAUUCGGCUAUUGAUCAAAUAUGGCAUACAAAGAAGUUGCAAUAGAAGCAAUAGAACAUGCUCUAAAGGCCCUAAGAAAUCGGCAUUUAGUGGAAGAAGGGGAUUAUGCCCCUAUUUUGGCUGCUUUCAAUAGGUCUCCCAUUUUGCAGGGUUCAGAGUGGAAAGAGAAAGCUGAAAAUCUUGAAGAGGAACUUCAACAGUGUUACAAAGCUCGAGCACGACUGUCAGAGGUGCUUGUGGACGAAAUAACUGAAUCCAGAGCAUUAAAAUCUUUAGUUCAAGAGAAGGAAACUCUCAUUACUGACCUUCAGAAUGAGCUAAAUUCAGCAAGGGAUGAAUGUUCACGUUUAACUGAACUUCUUGAGGGAAAGAGUAAAUCUUUGGACUUGAUUAUGUCCAAGCAUCAGGAGCUUCAGGCACAACGUGAAGCAGUUACUCGGAGAGCAGAAACUAAAAUAUUGGUUGACCGAUGGUGGCUGCAGAAGAUGCAGGAUGCUGAGCGCCUUAACGAGUCUAAUGCUCUCUAUGAAAAUAUGCUUGAUAAGUUCAAGAUCGCCAGUAUAAAGAAACUUCCUCGUCCACAAGUGGACGGUGUUGUCCCCCAAAGUGAAGAUGCUGCAGAAGCUUACUUUGACUCUUCCAUUCCCAGUACAUGCUGGCAAAGGAUCCCCGCCCAUGAUGGUGGAUGUGCCUCGAUUCUUUUUGAUUAUAAGUCCAGUAAAUUGAUAAGCGGUGGGGAGGAUCGGGAAGUUAAAAUUUGGGAUACUAGAAGUGGAUCAUUAAGUAACAUUCUUUAUGGUUGUCUGGGUUCGGUCCUUGAUCUUUCCAUUACACAAGAUAACAAAUUCAUCAUAGCAGCAAGUAGUUCAAAUGACUUGUAUGUGUGGAAUGCAAAUUCAGGCAGGAUACGCCAUAUUCUUACUGGGCACAGCAACAAGGUUUGUGCAGUUGAUGUGAGCAGAUCUUCAAAUCGCUAUGUGGGGAGUGCUGCUUAUGAUCGCACAAUAAAAGUUUGGGAUCUGCAGAAGGGUUACUGUAACAACACUAUCAUAUUUCACAGUAACUGUAACAGCCUUUCGUUAAGCACGGAUGGACUGACUCUCUAUUCCGGUCAUGUUAAUGGUAAUCUUAGAUUAUGGGAUGUUCAAACAGGCAAGCUUCUGAGUGAAGUUGCUGCACAUUCAAAGGCUGUUACAUCAGUUUCACUCUCUCAAUAUGGAAACAUGAUAUUAACCAGUGGGAGAGAUAACUUGCACAAUCUAUUCGAUAUACGCACCCUUGAAAUUUGUGGCACUUUCAGAUCAAAUGCAAAUCGAGUUGCAUCUGAUUGGAGCCGAUCCUGUAUUAGUGCCGAUGACGGUUAUGUUACUGCAGGUUCUGUAGAUGGAUCUGUUCAUAUUUGGUCAGUAUCAAACGGUAAAAUGGUAAGAACAUUGAAAGAACACACAUCCUCUGUACUUAGUUGUUCAUGGGGUGGUUUUGGUAAUCCUUUGGCAACCUCAGAUAAGAGUGGAACCAUAUGUAUUUGGUCAUGAUAUCAGUUCAAAGAUUGCUCAGUAAUUGAGAUUUCAGUGAGGAUCACGAGUGUCAUUGUUGAUAUUAGUUUUCUUAAAGCACAAAGUUGGUCAUCAUAGUGAUUGUGAAGCCAUAAAUGAGCAUCGUCCAUAUAUAAACAUCAUGCCAAAAGGGGCUGACAUUGUAAUAUUAAGCUUUUAAGCUGAUUUUUUUAGAUAUCUUUUGUUGAUAUUUGAUUGGAUUGUGGAUAUAUUAACUGUUAGUUUUUUGUGGAAAAAUAAAGCGGUCUUUCGUGGUGAUAA